GGCAUCACCAAGCUGUCCCAGACAGCAUACAUUGAGAGUAUGCUGAAGCGGUUUGAUGUGACCACGACCGCUUUCACCCCUGCUGCCACCGAUGCCGACCUAGGGCCGAAGAGAGAUGACGAGCCCGCGGUGGAUAAGCCUGUGAGGGAGGCGAUCGGAUGCCUGAUGUGGACGAAGCUGACGAGGCCACGCAUCGCCCUGCCUCUGAGCAAGCUCCAGAAGAUCGCCCACUCAUCCACCGGGAGGAUAUGGAACGCGCUUGUGCGGAUCAUGUCCUACCUGAACUUCACGAAGGACUUCGGCAUCACCUACGUACGGGGGUCAGGACUAGACCUAAGCGUGUUUGUCGAUGCCAGCUACGCUGACAACGAAGUAGACAGGCGUUCUACGACCGGGCUAGCUGGCGUGAAGGAGGCGUUGUUUGUGCGUGGCGUUCUGUCGUUCAUAGCGCCCGAGAUGAGUGGGGCGAAGAUCAAGGUCCUUAAGGACAACAAGGGGGCUCUCGCCUUAAUCGAGAACCCAUUCAGCUCAGCGAGGAGCAAGCACAUCGACGUGCGGUUCCAUUUCAUUCGCGAGCUAUUCAAGUCGGGCAAGAUCACUGCAGAGUAUGUUCCGACUGGAGAGCAGCACGCCGAAAUGCUGACCAAGGUGCUUAUCUCGAGCCGUGUGCCGGUCGUGCGGGCUCAUCGUUUGACGCGGGCACUUUCCAUGGAACCUCUGCUGCGGAGAGCCGCUGUUGAGCUGUGGUGUCGAUCAGCCUAUCGCCGGCGACUUGUGGCCGGCGUCCCUUCAACAGCUUUUGUUCGGGUAUUGCUUCAAGCUGAAGUCGUGUGGCCGGCAUCGCUGCAGCAGCUAUCGCUCGGGAGGGAAUUCCAACCCAUUGCUGAAGUCGUGUGGCCGGCCCCCCUGCAACAACUAUCGUUCGGGUAUUGCUUCAACCAAGCCAUUGCCGAAGUCGUGUGGCCGGCAUCGCUGCAGCAGCUAUCGUUCGGGUUUGGCAUAAACCAACCCAAUGCUGAAGUCGUGUGGCCGGCAUCACUGCAACAGCUCUCCUUCGGGUGGCAUUUCAAUCAGCCCGUUGCCGGGGUCGUGUGGCCGGCAUCCCUGCAACAACAGCUGUCGUUCGCGCGGGAAUUCAACCAACCGAUGGCUGAAGUCGUGUGGCCGACCUCCCUGCAACAGCUAUUGUUCGGGUAUCACUUCAACCAACCCAUUGCCGGAGUCGUGUGGCCGGAGUUCCUGCAAAAGCUAUCGUUCGGGCAUGAUUUCAGGCAACCGAUUGCUGAAGUCGUGUGCCCGGCGUCCCCGUAA